CGAGCUCAUCAUUCACAAUGGCCUCAUUAGCUAGAAUCGUGCGUACAGCCGUUCCCCGUAGUACACGAGCCUUCUCUGCAGCUACCGUUGCUCGCAAGGACAUCGUUCAGGACCUGUACCUCGCCCAGCUGAAAUCAUACAAGCCCAAGCCCCAGGUGCAAGACGCCCACGUCGGCAUCGUCAGGGAGUACAAGGCUCCCGCCGUUGCAGCAGCCACUGCUCUGCCCUCCGAUCUCGCCUCUGAGCUUGCAACGUACGACGCUUCCCAGCCCGACCUGGCCGAUGCUGUACCUGUCAAGACGAGCGCACAUGUAGAUGCGCAGCAUGGGGGUCCUAUGACUGCGGAGGAGUUCUUGGAGAUGCUCGAGGCUGACCCGGUGGAGGUUGCACACCACUAGGACUUUGGCUAAAUGCCUCCCAGGCGCGGGCAGGGGAGGAGAUAGAGCAAAAACACACCGCACGAGCGGAAAUGCGGAAUGUAUCGCUUUGCGAACGAAUUAAUAUCAUUCCAACCUUGAGUG